AUGCUCACUGAACGAAAGCCUGAAAAGGCCGCGGAUACCUGUCCGGGCGCGAAGACAACGGGGGCGGAGUAUGAUAAUGGGAGCGAACUGACGGCAAAAUCGAGUGUUCUUGAGUUUGAAGAUGUAGUUCUCCACAAAAUGGAAGACCUCCUGGCCAAAAUCGAGCGCAAGAUGGCCAGCUGGGAGGCGUACGGUGCGGCAGCUGUGGAUCACCAAAUUGACAGCGCUCUUCAAAUCCUGAGCCAGCUUGAGCAAAACGUAGUAAAACAGCAGCGCGAACGGGCAGAGGCAUUCCUCAAAGUUGUCGAAAAGCACUGCCAAGAUGUGAUCAAGACUAAGGAGUCAGUUGCCCAGAAGGCGGCUGCUGGGCUCAAGUUCUUUGAGGAUAUGGUCCUGAAGAUCGAGGAUUCGUAUGCGGCACACUCUGUUCAGACUGCAUUGGAGCGUGCCCGCUCUAACGGACUCCUCAGUAUCGACGAACUUCCAGACGGCUGGAAAGACAACCCGUAUAUUAUCAACGGCUACCGGUUCUGCCGCAACCACACCGAGUGUAUCAGCUCAGUUGGUCGUCUGCACAAUGAGACGGCUAAUAUUUGGACACACGUUGUUGGGUUUAUUGUACUCCUCGGGUUGGCGUUCUACGAAAUGCCUUCCACCGAUACUUGGCAGGCCCUGACCUGGGUGGAUCGGAUCCCUGUCGUCGUAUUUAUUAUUGCAGCUCUCAAGUGUCUUUUCUGUUCCGUCACUUGGCACACGUUCUGCAACAUCGCCCAUUUGCACAUAAAGCAGCGCAUGUCGUGUGUCGACUAUACUGGAAUUACUGUUCUGAUUGCUGCUUCUAUUGUUACCACUAUCCAUGCCUCACUAUAUUGUCACCCCGUCGCUCGCACUUUCUACACUAUUCUCACAUCGCUGUUUGGCGUAGGUGGCGUUCUCUUCACAUGGACUCCCUCCUUUGAUUCGCCAGAAGCCAGGCACACCCGGGUUAUUUUCUUUGUGAGCUUUGCCCUGUCUGGUGUCGUAGCCGGACUGCACGCAAUGAUAUAUCGAGCGGCCUCUGAGGUAGUCGUGUUCUACCUGCCGGUGGUCAAAAGCCUGCUUUGUUAUGCCGUUGGCAUCGUCUUUUACGCGUUCCUCAUCCCCGAGCGCUGGAUGCAGGGCACCAUUGUCGACUAUAUUGGCAUGUCCCACAACCUAUGGCACUUGUGCGUCUUUGGCGGUAUCUACUACCACUACAAGGCAACGCUUUUACUUUUCGAAGAAGCUAAAUCGUUCGUUUGUGCAUAA